UGACGUCACCGCGCUCCGAUUCAAACUUCAGGAACUAAAAGUGUUGGUGGAACAAAACGGCCUCGCCAGAAGCAGGCUGGGAAAAUUUCACAUUUAAGCGUUAUUUCUUGAUCACUCCAAUCUUAAGCACCAACAAAGAAAAUCAUGGCGUCUAAAGGUGCAAAAGAAACCAUCGCUUCCAAGCUGGGCUUCAAAUCCAGCAGUUCUGCCUCCAAGGUCGACGCAGAGCUGGAGAAAGUCAGGAAAGAAAAUGCCCACCUGAGGAAAAAGAUUGAUGAACUGGCCAAGCGGCACGUCAGGCCACCGGACUCGGACAAAAGCAAGCUGCUGGAGAGGAUUCUUUCGCUUGAGACGCUGAGAGAGCGGAACAAUCAGCAGUUGCUGGGCAAAGAGCAGGAGCUGGAGAGUCUCAGGCAGCAGCUGUCGGCGAAAGGAGGAGAGGUGGUCGCAUCACUGCAGGCCCAGUUGGAGCAGCGGAGGAAAGAGGCGGAGCUGAGAGACGGCUUGUUGCAGAGUUUGUCUCAGGAGACGGAGAAUCUGAAAAACAAGCUCGCCACGGUUUCCGCUCGAUGCCAGACCCUGGAAACGCCGGCGAGUGGACAAGCCCCCCCUGCAGACCUGGCCCUGGUCCAAGAUCAACUGAAAGACGCUCUUGAGAAGAACCAGCAGUGGCUGUGCUACGACCAGCAGCGGGAGGCCUUCGUCCAGUCCCUCGUCGCUCGCUCUGUGGAGUUGGAGCAGCAGCUGGCUCAGGCCAAGCAAAACAAGGCAGAGAGCGGCUCUGAGGGUUCUGAGAAGGAAUCUGACCUGAAAAGCUUCUAUGAGCAGAAGCUCUCAGAGCUGCAGAAAAACCUGCAGAGGCAGAGGGAGGAGACCAUCAGAGUCCAGCUGGAGCUGAGCGCUCAAAAGGAAAAGACCUUGAAAGCCGAGGCUGAGCUGCAGCGUCAAAGGGAGCAGGCCGCCAGAGCGGAGGAGGAGGCGCUGGUGCUGCAGAGGAAGUACGAGGACAAGUGCGGCGAGUGGUCGGCCUCUCAGAGGAGGUGUGAGGAGAAGAGCAGGGAGCUGCAGGAGGCCAGGAUGCAGCUGCAGGCGGAGCGGGCCGGCAACAGACAUGCUGUGCACGAUGAAAGAAAGGUGUCGUCUGAGCGGGCUGACAGAAUGAAAGCCGAGCUCGACAGUUUGAACGUCAGAUUGGAGGAAGAAAGGAGGAGAUCUGCGGAGCUCCUGCUUCAGCUCAAUGUGCUGCAGAAGUCUCUGUUACACCAAAACGAAGAGCAGAGGAGAAUUGCAGCCCUGGAACAGCAGAUCCAGGUCUCCACCAAGGACUUUGAGAGUGAGAAGCUGGACCGUCAGAGCAUGCAGCAGCAGCUGCAGAAGGUGCUGAAGGAGCUUCGGCGAGCUCGAAAUCAGAUCGCCAUGUUGGAAUCUGCUAAGCAGCCAAACGCCAGGUUUUCAGAGCCCAGCUCCUACAACAGCCUGGAGUUUGAGCGUCUCAGAGUGGACAACCCUCGCAGCCCCCCCUCACCGUCCAAGGUCAUCAACCUGCUGGACGAGAGCUUCCUGGAGUGUCCAAAGUGUCGGGCGCCGUACCCCACCAGUCGCCACCGCGAGCUCCUGGCUCACAUUGACUUCUGCCUCGCCUGAGCAGAGAUUCUCCGGACUGUCCGCCUUUUCUCAACGCAUCCAGACCCCACCCAGAAAAAAAAAAAAAAAGAACUUGCACCACAUUGAUCAGAUCCUAGUAGGUACUAUGACCUUAAGAUUGAUUCGAAUCCCUAUUUAAAGCCUGUUGGGACUGUCGUUUGACAGUCGAGAUGCUCUGAUUCCUACAACUCUCAAAGUAGAGCUUAGUUUGUGGAACAUCUGGGGGAUUAUGAAUACUAGAGAGAUGCAAGCUGGGAAUUUUUCAUUUUGGUGCAAGAAUCCUACUAAGAAUUAAAAAAAAAUCAUGUUUAAACUUAUCUAGGAGGCUGAAAACAUGCCUACCACCUUAACUUUGUUUUAGUUUACAAAUAUAUUCCUGGGCAUGAGGGUAAUACUCCAAAGAUGAAUCUAAAGUUCAACAACUGCAGGUAUUUUUAUGACUCCAAAUUUUCUUUUUUCACCCCAGUGUCGGGUCACCGAGAGAAAACAUUUAAACGUUUUACAUAUUUUGGAACAGAAAUACAUCACUCCAUUUACUUUUGUUAUUGAAUCUGGUGUUUUUUUUCCAAAGAAUUUGUGAAUUGUUAAAGUUUACUAAGCUCUUAUUGAAUUUUUGGUUUUAUUUAAAGGCAGGGAUUUGAACCAACGUAUUUAUUCAGUGGGUUUUUUUUAGUGUAUAUUUUCUAAAUGCUGAAAGUCUUUGAGUGAAUUAUUAUGUGAUGUUUUGCUGUGUAAUCAUAGUAUUUUUUAUUAUUUUACCUCCUUAAAUACCACAUAGAGCUCCACUGAUGGUAAAAGAAUCAUUUUUCAUUCCUUCCAGUAACUUUGGUGAUAAUGUAUAAAAGGAUAAAGAAGUAGAUAUGGGAUGUUUUGUGCUCCAUGUUUUUUUUUAAAGGCAAUCCAGCCGGUUGUAUAUAGUUUAUUUACACGGAAUUGUCCGGUUUCGCCUCGUCUAUCUCCAGCCAACAGCCGCGGUCGUCCUCGCCGUCACACGUGUCGGUUUAACGGUGCAGUCUUCCCUCGAAUCUCUUUUCAGACCUGCAGCCGUGUAAGUCUGGAAUGAGAUUUCAUGAGUUAAUUCCUUGUACUAAACUAUUUACAGCAUGGAUUACUGAAGGUCUCUGUAGGAGAAAAAGGUUAAGGUGUCUUCAGGACCGCAGCCUUGGCAAUGUGACCAAGAAUACCGACAGCAAACCCACGCCGCUUUAUUUGUAAUAGAUGUUUUACCUUUGAUAGUAUUCUAGAGGAACGCUGGUCUGAAAUCAUGUUUUGAUGUGCUCUGUACUGUAUGAAAGCGUGCAAUAAAGCUAUAAAUGGUCACAGU